AUGGCUUGCGCAGGAGGAGAACCAGCUGGACAGCCGAUCGAGAACAUCCAAACGGCGAUUUUCCACAUCACCCAGCUUCUGCAGCGGAUUGCAGCUCCGAAUCAGCAGAAUCCGGAACACACGCUGGAAGCGCUCUCCUCGAACAUCAGCGAGUUCGUUUUCGACCCAGAAAAUGGCGUCACAUUCGAGAAGUGGUUCGCACGCUACACGGACCUUUUCGAAAGCGACGCACGCCAUUUGGACGACGCAGCCAAAGUUCGUCUGCUGCUGCGAAAGUUGGAUACCACCUCCCACAGCCGGUAUCUUAACUACAUCCUUCCGCGGCUGCCGAGGGAUGUCACGUUCGACGACACGGUGAGCACGCUGAAAAAAAUUUUCGGUGAGCAAACCUCACUUUUUCGCCGGCGGUUCCAGUGCCUUCAACUAUCAAAAAGUGAGGGUGACAUCAUCACGUACGGCGGACGAGUCAAUCGAGCGUGCGAAGACUUCGAUUUUGCGAACCUGACCAUCGAUCAGUUUAAAUGUCUAGUUUUCGUCACCGGACUGAAGGCAUCCAAGCACGCGGACAUUCGAGCGCGAUUGCUCACCCGGAUGGAGCAUGAGAGACCGGACGCACCAGUGACUCUUCAAACUCUCAUCGACGAGUUCCAGCAGCUCGUUAAUCUGAAGGCGGACACCAGCUUGAUUGAGCAUCCAGCCAGCUCGAAAGCAGCAGUUCACGCCGUCAGCGAGAAGAAGAGAUCGAGCGACGCUCCGAGGCCCUCGUUCAAGCCGGAAGCCAAAUUCCCGAAGACGCCCUGCUGGCAAUGCGGGCAGAUGCAUUUUGUCAAGGAGUGCACAUACAGCAGCCACCUCUGCAAAUCAUGCAACCGCGUGGGACAUAAGGAGGGGUACUGCAGUUGCUUCACCAAGCCAUCAAGCCCGACCAAGCACCAGAAGAAGACCAAGUGUCAAGCCAACAUCGUCCACACGGUAAGCCACACCGGUACACUCACCCGGUUCGUCACGACAAUGCUCAACGGUCGUCAAGCCACACUGCAGCUUGACAGCGGGUCACCAAUCACCAUCAUCAGUGAAGAGACCUGGAGAAAGGUUGGAUCACCAUCACUCAAGCCAUCGACCUGCGAAGCACUCUCCGCAUCCAGAGACCCUCUUCCUCUGCUGGGGGAAUUCACCUGCCUCGUAGGUGUCAACGACGUCAUCAAGCCUGGGCUGUGCCGAGUCACGUCGGUCAAGGGACUCAACCUGUUCGGCUCGGAGUGGAUGGACCUCUUCGACAUGUGGACGAAGCCAUUGUCAUCGUUCGUCAAUCAGGUGAAUCAUUCCAAUUCUAACUCAUUUUCUGGAAAGCACUUCCUCAUGCGGUUCCCCGAAGUUUUUCAGGACACUCUUGGGCACUGCCAGAAAGCUCAAGUCAGCCUCCACCUGAAACCAGAUGCCAGGCCGGUUUUCCGACCCAAACGCCCGGUACCGUACAACGCCAUUCCUUUGGUCGAUACGGAGCUCGAACGUCUGCAGCAGUUGGGUAUCAUCUCGCCAGUAGAAUACUCCGACUGGGCAGCACCGAUCGUUGCGGUUCGGAAGCCUGGUGGUAAAAUUCGAAUUUGCGCCGACUAUUCUACCGGGCUGAACGCAAUGCUGGAAGCACACAACUUUUCCCUCCCAACACCGGACGACAUCUUCUCGAAGUUGGCCGGAAGCAAGGUGUUCAGCAUCAUCGACCUGUCGGAUGCCUACCUCCAGGUAGAAGUCGAUGAAGCAUCAAAACGGCUGCUCACCAUCAACACACACCGGGGCCUCUUCCAUUUCAACAGGCUGGCUCCUGGUGUCAAGUCAGCACCCGGUGCAUUCCAGCAGCUGAUGCACACCAUGAUCGCUGGGAUUGAAGGCGUCGAAGUGUUCCUGGACGAUUUCAUCCUGUUCAGCAAGACCAAGGAGCAGCACUAUGAGACGCUGUGCACUCUCUUCAACCGUCUACAGGAGUACGGUUUCCGCUUGAAGCUGGAAAAGUGCCAUUUCUACCAGGACGAAAUCAAGUACCUGGGGCACAUAGUGGACGAGAACGGACUACGUCCAGAUCCUGAGAAAACAGCAGCCAUAUCUUCGAUGCCGCGUCCCACUGAUGUUUCCACUCUGCGAUCAUUCCUGGGGGCCACUUUUACGGAAAAUUCAUCCGUGAAAUGCACCAACUUCGAAGGCAACUAG